CUUGAACGCUGAUCAGAUACAGGAAGAGCUUCGCUGGAGAACGGAUAGAAACAGACGAGUAGAGAAAAGACAUGACUGACAGAUUAUCACCGGUACGAAUCGGAAUUGUGGGAUAUGGACAUUUAGGUCAGUUCCUGGUGGAACGCAUACAGAAGGAAGGAAAUGAAGUUGGACUCGGUUUGGCUUUUGUUUGGAACAGAAAUGCAGAUAAACUCAGAGGCUCAGUCCCUAAUGAUCUCAUACUGACCGAGCUCUCUGAGUUUAUGCACAAGAACGCUGACGUGAUAGUGGAGGUCUGUCAUCCACAAAUAGUCAAAGAUUUCGGAGGGCGAUUCUUAUCACAUGCACACUUCCUGGUCGGCAGUCCCUCAGCUCUCUCGGAUUCUCAGCUAAAUCAGGAGCUCAGACUCGCAGCAAAUCAGCAUGGACACACACUCUAUGUGCCCAGUGGUGCAUUAUGGGGUGGGCAGGACAUCCAGAGACUGAAUGACAGGGGAUUAUUAAAGGCCCUCUCCAUCCGCAUGUCCAAACACCCGUCCUGUUUUCGUCUGGCUGGAAAUCUGCUCUCUGAUUGGUCAGAAGAAGAAGGAAGGCGUGUGAUUUUUCAUGGCUCUGUUGCUGAACUCUGCCCUAUCGCCCCUAACAAUGUGAACACCAUGGCAGCCGCAGCUAUCGCUGCAUCGACUCUGGGCUUCUGUGGAGUCACUGGAGAGAUUGUGUCAGAUACAGCUCUGGCUGAUUAUCACCUCGUGGAGGUGGAAGUGACCGGCUCGGAUGGCUUCUCUGUCACAACGGUGAGGCAUAACCCGGCCAAGCUGGGAGCAGUUACAGGCAGUGCCACCUACACUUCAUUCUGGAGCAGCUUACUGGUUUGCAAAGGUCACGGAGGAAGAGUCUAUCUGUGCUGAAAAAGAAGAGAAGAUGCUGCAGAAGAACACAAAAUAGAGGUGGUAGAAUAGAUGUAUAUAUAUUUUAAUUUGUUCUACAACCGAUAGAUUUUCCAAACGUUGUG